UAGACUGACUACGGACAGUACAUAGAGAUCAGUCGCUUCUGUAAGCAUCCUUGGCGCCAUGGUGAGUUACUGCGCAAGUUCGCAUAUCAAGAGACGCACAUACAGUGCGUAAUUAGCACUGGCUUUGUGAGUGUAGAGGAAAUUACAUCCUCGUUCUUCUCUAAAACCGAGAUUUUCGAGUUCUUGUCGUCUUUUUUUAUUAGUUUAGGUUGUCAUCAACUACCGAGUACCAACUACAUUUCACAAAUCAUCCAUGAAGAAUUCUUAAAAUAUUUGAAAUACUUUAGACUUGGGAGAUAGACUCGUCUCCGUGAUAUACCUCCUCCGUGCCUUUCUCCAGAAGAAAGCGAUCGGUCUUCUCUUCUCCCUCGGUUUUCGCUUCCACCCUAAAUCUGUUUCACACACCUCUACUUUCCGAGUCCACGCCCUCUCACUUUUUUCUUUUUCUUUUUUGCUGUUUGCUGACUUCUUCUUUUUUCUUUUUUUUAAUCUAAUGGGCCUUUUGGUUGGCGAGCUAAAUUUCAGGGCGUAGUAUUUACUUCCCGCAGAUCGUGGAGUGCUCGUUAUGCCCUUGGAUAAACUUUACUGCGUUCUUGGUUUCUGGGUUUCUCGUGAAAGCUCUUAAAUUUAAGUUUUGUGAAUGUUACAGAAGUUCUUCUUCAUUUCUAUCGAUUGGACUUAUAUGAGAGGUGAGUCACAAUGGAAAUGGAAUUCUAGGUUUUCAAAAACUUGAUUGUCCCCAAAGACUUUCUUCUUACUGUACGGGUUCUGGCACCUUUAUCUUGCUUUGGAAUAUAGCAAGGGGAUUAAACAUAAUUGAUCAAUUUUGGAACAUGGGUUCCGUAAAAACAAUGCUGAAAGAAAGUUCUAGAGUAUAGGAAUGAAGUGGAAGUUGUUUUCCACCAUGACACAGGUGUUGGAUUUGCAGGGAAGCAAUUGGUUUUGAGGGGGCUAUGAAGUGUUUUCUUUUCUCCAACAAAGGGAAACAUGAUGAACCGACGACUACCAAGUUAAUUUCCAUUAGGUCCACUUCCAAAUCCAUGUCGGCCGACCAGGAUAUGAGGAGAUCUGGUUCCGAAUUCAAUUCUCAGAAUGUCUCAGAAUUGAGCACAGCAUCCUCAGUCAAGACAUUUGCAAUCAUGUCUCAAAGACAAAGUAAUCUUAGAGAAUUCACAUUCUCGGAGUUGAAGACAGCCACAAAGAAUUUCAGCCGCUCCGUCAUGCUUGGAGAGGGUGGGUUUGGUGGUGUAUAUAGGGGUGUGAUCAGGAGCACAGAGGAUCCUCAUAAAAAGAUCGAUGUUGCCGUUAAACAACUAAGUCGAAGGGGAUUGCAGGGCCAUAAAGAGUGGGUGAAUGAAGUAAACGUUUUAGGGGUUGUCCAACAUCCAAACCUUGUUAAAUUAUUGGGUUACUGUGCUGAGGAUGAUGAAAGAGGGAUCCAGAGGCUGCUGGUGUACGAAUACAUGCCCAAUAGAAGUGUGCAGGAUCAUUUAUCAAACCGAUUUCAGUCACCUCUUUCAUGGACCACAAGAAUGAGAAUAGCCCAUGAUGCUGCUCGUGGUUUAACAUACCUCCAUGAAGGAAUGGAUUUUCAGAUUAUCUUUAGAGAUUUUAAGUCUUCAAACAUACUUUUGGAUGAAGAUUGGAAUGCAAAGUUGUCAGAUUUCGGAUUGGCCAGGCUGGGCCCUUCAGAUGGAUUAAGUCAUGUCUCAACUGCGGUUGUAGGAACAAUUGGAUAUGCGGCUCCUGAAUACAUUCAAACCGGACAUCUUACAUCAAAAAUUGAUGUCUGGGGUUAUGGUGUUUUUCUUUAUGAACUCAUUACCGGCAGGCGCCCUUUUGACGGAAACCGCCCCAAGAAUGAGCAGAAAAUGUUGGAUUGGGUGAAGUCACACCUCUCUAAUAUAAGAAAGUUUGAGCUGAUUUUGGACCCAAGACUCCAAGGAAAAUACUCCCUCAAGUGCGCUCAAAAGUUGGCUACCGUAGCCAACCGGUGCUUGGUUCGGCAACCUAAAUCACGCCCCACAAUGAGUGAAGUCCUGAAGAUGGUUAGUGGAAUUAUGGAGACAACAGAUAUUGGAAGCCCCCAACUCCCCAUCAAGAGCUUGGCUGCAGAAGAUGAUGAUUUACUUAAAUCCAAAAGACAACGUUUGAAGAGGUUGUUUUUGGAUCCGCUGAUCAGAGGAAAAGGUCUUUUGAGGCGUGGUACAUCGAGGCCCAAGGUUGUCAAGACACGGGGGGAUGAAAAUGAGGACCUGAGAAAUAAUCUUCUUGUUGUUGUUGUGGGGGAGUGGGGCUGGCUAAACCCUCUCUCCGGCCCACCCAGCUCCUUCCCCUCCUAGGGAGGUAGGCUGGAUAUCUGUUAGAAUGUGAAAAUUCUUAGUUCUCUCUUUACUGUGCAGCACGUGUAAAUCCCAUCAACAUAGAUGAGUGGAUGUAUGUUGGAAAUU